AUGGGGAAUAUUGACCGUGCUUUUGAGUCCAUGUCACUGGAAGAAGAAGAAGUGGCUUUUAACUUGCCUGGCCUACCUCAGUUCAGUGCAAAGGAAAUGAACAAGUUGAGUAUUAUGGGACGUACGCUAUACCCUGAGAAGCAAAAUAUUGCUGAUCCCAUUAGGGAUAUGCCAAGGAAGUGGCAAGUUGCUGGGAGGGUGCAAGGAGUUGCCCCAUCUAAGACCACUUUUCAGUUCAUCUUUAAGUAUGAGCAUGACAUGGAAGAGGUGUUAAGGAAGAGUGUUUGGACGUUUAAUGACUGGAGUAUUGUCAUUGAUCGGUGGAAGGAGAAGCCAGAUGAGGACUAUCUAAAGUACUUACUGGUUUGGGUUAGGAUUCGUAAUAUCCCUGUAAAUCACUACACUGUCGAAGCUAUCGCAGCGCUAGGGGAUCUUAUUGGUAGAGUCGACGUGGUGGCUUGUGAUCCCGACAUGCCGCAAACUAACGACUAUGUUCGAGUUAGGGUUUUAUUUGAUGUAUCAAGACCGGUGAGACGAUCUAAAGUGGUAAACCUACCAAAAGGUGGUGGCUCAGCCACGAUCUGGUACAACUUCGAGCGGAUACAGAAACGAUGCCAUCAUUGCCAGCGGUUAACUCAUGAAAAGGAUAAGUGCCCUAUUCUCAUUAAGGAGCGUAGAACGGAAGCGCAUGUCCGAAGGGAUCUAAUCAUACAGGAAAAACAGAAGUCGGAGGAUGUAAAACAGACUUAUGUUGUUACCAUUGAGAAAGAUGACCCGCUAUAUGGAGUUUUAAACGAGGAGCAAGUUGGUGUGGACAAAGCAACGGGGCGGAGAAUAAUUAAUGCAGAGGUCCUCCAACAGAUGCGAGAAUAUAUUUUAGCGACUGAGGGAGGGGAAAAACUAGUCAGACAGGAACGGGUGAGGAAAUCUGUUACAGAUUUGGAUAAUGAUCCUAUGGCUCAAAAGAAGUUCUUGAGAUUGGAAGCUCCCCCGAUAAUCACUAAUGAGGUCGAUAAAGGGAAAGGCCUUGUUUAUGGCUAUUCAAAAAAGACAGCUCCACUCCAGAAGGAGGAUGAAGGAAUACGGGGCUUGAGUUCGAGUGCGGACAUUGGAAGCGCUGCUUCAAUGAGGUUACCUCUGGGAUGCGAGGAGGAGCGUGGAUCACAUCAAGAGGGGACCGGGACAAACCUUUUCGUUGAUUGUUCUACGGGUUUUAGCAUUGGUUCUUCCAUUUCUAGAUCUUCCGGGACACCAAAGGUUAAAAAGGCUGGUAGGAACAGACCACCGAAACGGUUUCGUAGACAACAACUGAGGUUAGACUUACUGCAGCCUGGAAAGGGGGAAGAUGCCUCGCAGGGAGAAAGUGUAGUCUCGAAAAGAAAGGCAAGAGAGAUGGCGGGGAAUUUUUCAAAAAUCGCAAGGCGUAACAAUCAAGAGGUGGUCCCGAAUGGGGGACUGCCAGAUCAGUAA